CAGCUUGUUUGCCACCUUGUCAUCGCCGCUCAAUCUCUCUCUACCGCAUCGACAUCCCUCUCCACGCGUUGCAACUCCUCGUUUACUUCGCCCAUACACUCUCCCUACCGACACCUCCUGUUCCCACCUCCAUCAUGCCACAUCCAAUCUCGACCGCACACACUUCACCCCACGAACGCAUCAUCAGCGCCCUCGCUAACACGACUCUCUACGACCGCAUCCUCGGCACCGUCGUGGGUUCAGCCCUAGGCGAUGCCAUCGGGCUGUAUACCGAGUUCCUCACAGCGCCACGCGCCGCCGCAACAUACCCCGAGCGUCGCUUCUCCCUGGUGCCUGCGACGCCCUUCGCGCGCGACAUGCAUCGCCUGAAACAUCAGCUGGGCGAGUGGACCGAUGACACAGACCACGCACUCCUCAUCCUUCUAUCCUUUUUGCAUGGCUCGCUGUCGCCUGGCGACGUCGCGGCGCGCUUGCACAUCUGGGUCGAGCAGGGGCUGCGGGCGCUCGACACCCUCCCGCUCGGACUGGGCGCGACCGUCGGCGCGAUCGUGCGCGACCCGGCGUAUCUACAGGAUCCGGGGGCGGCUGCGCACCGUGUCUGGGUGAAGGGGGGAUGCGACGUCGCGCCCAACGGGAGCUUGAUGCGCACACACCCGCUCGGCGUCGUCUCGAUCUUCCAGACUGAAGCGGAAGCGAUGGACGCCGCGGCCGCCGUGAGCGCCAUUACGCACGUCGAUCCGCGCUGUGUCGUCUCCUGCAUGAUCUGCACGGCGCUCGUGCGCGGCCUCAUCCGUGGGCAAUGGACGGAGGAGGCACACAUCGACGCGGUUAUCGAGCGCGCGGUCACGCGGUACCGCGACGUCAUACGCCCGCGCAUGGAGAGUGAAGGGACUAUGGGUGCCGACGAGCCCACCCUCGACCUCGACGAACUACGCAAACACACACACGCCGCCUCCCUCGCGGCGCUCGACCUCGACGGCCGCGGCAUCGGGUACGUGUAUAAGGCGCUCGGCGCCGCCAUCCUCCUGUUACGGCAGGCGAUGCGGCGCGUCGCGGCCGCGCCCUCCGUGCUCGUGGAGAAGACGGUGCUCUUCGAGCCCCUAAUCACUGAGCUUGUGAUGGCCGCGGGCGACGCCGACACAAACGCGGCCGUCGCAGGCGCCCUGCUUGGCGCAUAUGUCGGCUUCGCGGCGCUCCCCGGCCAUUGGCGCGAAGGGCUGCGGCACGCCGCGUGGCUAGUGCGCAAGGCAGAGGGCGUGGGGCGCAUCCUUGGCGUCGUGGAGGGCGGGUAUACGCCCGAAGAAGAUACGGCGCCGGAUGGCGGGCGCGCGGCGGUCAGUCCUGAAGAUAUGGAGCGGCGGUGGAUGGAGCUGCAGGCGCGCAUGGCCGCGGAGAACACCGCGUUUCUCGAGAAGGAGCGGAGACGUGGGAGCGAGAACAAGGAGAAGAGGUGGUUCAGGCGGUAGUGAUGUAGCUGAUGUGGCGUGGCUGGCGAGUGCAAGAUGACAUAGACAUGCGC